GAUUUCCUAGGGCUAAGUGGAAGGGUUCCAUGCAAUUCAGUUCCGGUUUCGUUAAGGGUCCUUGAUGCGCAGAAUAAGGGAUGGUUACAGUACUGAAGAUAGCUGAUGGUUUCAAUGUAUAGAUCCAGUCCAGUGUCUGCAGGAUGCCAUACCUAGGCUCAGAGGAUACAGUGAAGGAACUGAAGAAAGCUUUGUCUAACCCUCACAUCCAAGCUGACCCUCUUCGCUACAGGAAUGUUAUCCAGCGAGUGAUCAGGCAUAUGACCCAAGGCGUGGAUGUAUCCAGCGUCUUUAUGGAAAUGGUUAAAGCUAGCGCUACAAUUGAUAUAGUUCAGAAGAAGCUAGUAUACUUGUACAUGUGUACAUAUGCUCCGUUGAAGCCCGAUCUAGCUCUUUUAGCUAUCAACACUCUGUGCAAAGACUGUUCAGACCCCAACCCCAUGGUUAGAGGCCUGGCCCUACGUAGCAUGUGCAGUCUCAGGAUGCCUGGCAUACAAGAGCAUCUCCAACAACCAAUCCGGAAUGGUCUGCGAGACAAAGCCUCCUAUGUAAGGAGAGUGGCUGUUCUUGGAUGUGCAAAGAUGCAGAAGCUCCAAGGGGACGGUGAAGUGGAUGGUGCGCUUGUUAAUGAGCUGUACAGUUUGCUUCGUGAUCAAGAUCCUAUUGUGGUAGUGAAUUGUCUGAGAUCCCUUGAGGAGAUCUUGGCAUGUGAGGGAGGAGUUGUCAUUAAUAAACCCAUAGCACACCAUCUUCUUAACAGGAUGCCUGACCUAGAUCAGUGGGGCCAGAGUGAGGUGUUGACUUUUCUGUUGCGCUACAAGCCCCGCUGUGAAGAAGAGCUCUUUGACAUCUUGAAUUUACUGGAUGGGUAUCUCAAGAGCAGCAGUCCCAGUGUGGUAAUGGCUGCUACAAAACUCUUCUUAGUGUUGGCCAGAGAUUUUCCACAUGUGCAGACAGAUGUGUUGGUGAGAAUUAAGGGCCCACUCCUAGCUGCUUGCACAUCUGAGAGUAGGGAACUGUGUUUCACUGCCCUGUGCCAUGUGCGUCAGAUCUUAGACAGCCUUCCUGGCCAUUUCAGCAGCCAUUACAAGAAGUUCUUCUGCUCAUAUUCAGAACCACAUUACAUCAAAUGCCAGAAGAUGGAUGUGCUGUGCAAACUGGUGAAUGAUGAGAACAUGCAGCAAAUAUUGGAGGAGUUAAGAGGCUACUGCACUGAUGUGUCAGCAGAGCUUGCACAGGGAGCAAUUUUUGCCAUAGGCAACAUUGCUAGGACAUACACAGAGCAGUGUGUCAGGAUAUUAACAGAACUCCUGGAGCUGAAACAGGAGCAUAUAACUUCAGCAGUGGUGCAGGUGUUCCGGGACCUGGUGUGGUUGUGUCCGCAGUGUAUAGAGAGUGUGUCUCAGGCUCUGUGUGAUUGUGAAGAGGCUGUCCAGGACAGUGAGGGCAAGCAAGCUCUAAUCUGGCUAUUGGGGGUACAUGGGGAGAGAGUUCCUAAUGCUCCAUACGUAUUAGAAGAUUUUGUGGAGAAUGUGAAAUCAGAGGCAUUCUCAGCUGUGAAGGUUGAAUUGCUGACUGCUUUGGUGCGGCUCUUCUUGGUACGUCCAGCUGAGUGUCAGGAUAUGCUGGGUCGAUUGCUAUAUUACUGCAUUGAGGAAGAGACAGACAUGAUGGUACGGGACCGUGCUUUGUUCUACUAUCGUCUUUUGCAAGCUGGUACCGAAGAAACAAAAAGGUUUCUGUGCAGCCCCACAGCUGAUCACUCUCUGCGGCUUUUGGAAGAUCAGGCUGAAUGUUCUGUGAAUGCGUGGGCCUCUGACUUUAACACUUUGGUGCCCAUAUAUGGCAAAGAGCAGUGGGCAGCCAUGACUGCUAACCAGGUUGUUGAGUUUCACCAUAAAGACUCUGUUUGUGAAGCCUCCACAGUGAUGGGAGAAGAGCCACUGAUUACAGGAAAGAAAGAGGAAGUUCCUUAUGUUGCUGCCAGCUCAAGUGGCCUUAUUCUAAUCCCCAGCACAUGUUUGACUGCAGAACAGUUUGAGAGAACGUGGCUGAACUUGCCUGUGGGUUGCCAGCAAGCUGUUCCCUGGCAAGAAAAUGUGCAACCUGAAACCAUACAGGCUGCACUGCAGGUUGUCCAUAUCCAGACUAUCGCUAUGAGUAAGGCUAACUCCCAGGUCUGGAAAGCCUACUUUCAUGCCCAGGAUGAUACAGGUUGCCUGUUCCUGACUGAGCUGCUGUUUGAGACAGGGAAUGCAGAGAUGCAAAUGUCAGUGAAGCUGAGUGAAGACAAACCUGAAGUGCUACAGGCUUUCAUCUCAAUAUUGGGGACAGUAUUGGGGACAGUUGUGGGACUGACAUCUUGAUUCUUUCCAAUCUUUGAUAUGAUAAUGACCUUGUACAGUUUUUGAUGUAUUGUAGAUAGGAACGUAUUGUAGAUAGGAAAAGUCAAGUCUACUGGAAGGAAAUUGGGGUGCUUGGAAAGGGUAUAAAAACUGGAUUAACUAAAAUAAACUAUACCUGGAGUGAUCAAAGAGUCCAGGUGUUGAAGAAAAGUAUAAGCUUGGGACAGCAAUUAAUUGCAUUCACAAAUAGAUGUAUAAACGUAGAUUUCCUGGCUAUUGCUAUUAAAAGGGCCCUUUGUAAUAGCAAUCCUUUCUGAGCAGUGCUGGGUUAACCUAGCAGCAAAAGCAGCAUAUGCUUUUUCAAGGGCCCUGUACUAUACUUUUACAAGCUGUCUGGUGAAAUCACCUUCACUGUAUUUUCAUGAUUUGGCAGCGUUAUUGUUUUCAUGUUGGGGGAGCUGCAUGGCACGUGUUGUGGGUUCUGUGUAUUUGCAAGUGUGUGUUGCCUCCUUGCUGUGUCAGGUGCUCAGGUGUAGUGUCCUUUGUGCUAUCCCCCGCAUUCCUAGGCCACUGCUGUGUACGCAGUUAGGUGCACUGGAGGGUGUGCCUGAGCUGCCACGGCAAGCCUGCGACAAGAGGUGUGCGCUUCCAUGGCUGGGCAUGAUCACAUAUCAAUUACUGUCACUUCAUGACUUGUAAGUGUGAUUGUAUAGAGAAUGUAAUCAUUACGGACAUCAUGUAAUUAAUAAUGCGAUAUGAAUAAAUUUAUUUCAAAUUUAA